GCCUUGUCGGGCGUAGAGUGCGCUUGAGCAGUGCAGUGUGCAUCUGGAAUUUGUCGCCAUCGCGUUUGGUUCUGUGUGAAAUCUCGCUCUUUUUAGACGUUCAGUAUGCCACGUUAAUGGACUCAUUUACGUGUCUCUGGGAUUUCCAACGAAACGUUACUAUGUUAGGUGUCAGUAAAUGUUUGUAACGCUGUAGUUGUGUCAACUGUGUGUUAUUCCCAGCGUUGUACGGACAGAAUAAUCUGGCGAAUUGCAGCAAGGUUAACCCAAGGAGCGGUUGGCUGAUUCUAAAUGCUAACGCGAGUUAGCUCGCAAUUCCGCUCAGCAUUUGAGCUGACUUAAUCAGUGCAAAUCGGACUCUGUUACUAAACUUUGUCGUGGCUACUGUCAGUGGCGGUGCUCUCUAGCUAAGGAAGCUAGCCGCAACUUCGCCGAGGAACCCAGAAGAUCUUUUUUCCCCCGUUCUAUUUAGCUAACAAAGCAAAAAAAAUCAAGUUUGGUACCGGAGAAGAAAGUCUGUUAAACUGGAGCGGACACCGUCACAUUUCCGUCCUUUAACACGCCCGUCGCUGUACGGCUAAUCGUCGGUGUUGCACUGCCGGCCGCUCCGGGUGACCAGCCGACAUGUCUGAGGGCUCCGAGAGCAAGCAGGCCCCGGACACGGUCCAGGAAGCCAAGCCCGAGCCGAUGGCCGCUGCGACCGCCGCCGGUCAAGCCGUGUCGUCGGUGUCUCCCCCCGUGUCCGUGGUGAACCAGCCGGCCGCCACGGAGGACGAGGAGGAAGAAAGCGAGGACGAGUCUGAGAUCUUGGAGGAGAGUCCGUGUGGACGCUGGCAGAAGCGCAGAGAGGAGGUGAAUCAACGAAAUGUCCCCGGCAUCGAUAACGCCUACUUGGCCAUGGACACUGAGGAGGGAGUUGAGGUGGUGUGGAAUGAAGUCAUGUUCUCAGAAAGGAAAAACUUCAAGUUACAAGAGGAAAAAGUCAAGGCGGUGUUUGACAAUUUAAUCCAGCUGGAGCAUUUGAACAUCGUCAAGUUCCACAAGUACUGGGCCGAAGUCAAAGAGAACAGAGCCCGGGUCAUCUUCAUCACGGAGUACAUGUCCUCCGGAAGUCUCAAACAGUUUCUGAAGAAGACAAAGAAGAACCACAAGACCAUGAAUGAAAAGGCUUGGAAGCGCUGGUGCACACAGAUUCUGUCUGCUCUCAGCUACUUGCACUCCUGCGAGCCUCCCAUCAUCCACGGCAACCUGACGUGCGACACCAUCUUCAUCCAGCACAACGGCCUCAUCAAGAUCGGCUCGGUGGCUCCAGACACGAUUAACAAUCACGUCAAAACGUGUCGGGAAGAGCAGAAGAGCCUUCAUUUCUUUGCUCCGGAAUAUGGAGCUGUUGCCAAUGUCACCACUGCCGUGGAUAUUUACUCCUUUGGAAUGUGCGCCUUAGAGAUGGCCGUGUUGGAAAUCCAGAGUAAUGGAGAUUCGUCGUACGUUUCCCAAGAAGCCAUAAACAGUGCCAUUCAGUCCCUUGAGGACCCCUUGCAACGAGAAUUCAUCCAGAAGUGUCUGGAGGUGGACCCGGACAAGCGUCCCACGGCCAGGGAGCUCCUGUUUCACCAGGCCUUGUUCGAGGUGCCGCUGCUCAAGCUGCUGGCCGCCCACUGCAUCGUCAGCCACCAGCAUAUGAUUCCAGAGAACGCGUUGGAGGAGAUGACGAAGAACAUGGACCCCAACCUGGUGAUCGUGGAGGGCAAGGAGGGCGUUCAGAUGAAGCUGUCCCAGUUUCCUGCCCUCGAGCUGGACAAGUUCCUGGAGGACGUCAGGAACGGGAUCUAUCCCUUGACGGCGUUUGGGAUUCCAUGUCCGCAACAACCUCAGCAGGAGGCGGUCAAGUCGCCCAUCGUGCCGCCCUCCGUCAAAACCCCCACCCCGGAACCUGCAGAGCUCGAGACCAGGAAGGUGAGAACUCGCCGCGCAUGCUCGUGCUCAGGAAGCCCUUCGGCUCGUCACCUCACGACGACGGCUGUCCCGCAGGUGCUUCAGAUGCAGUGCAACAUCGAGCCGGUGGAUGAAGGCGCCAAGCAUCACCUGACUUUACUGCUCAAACUGGAGGACAAACUCAACCGACACUUGAGCUGCGACCUGUUACCAAACGAGAACAUGCAAGAGUUGGCCGUGGAGCUCGUUCACCUCGGCUUCAUCAGCGAGGGUGAUCAGCCUCGUCUCGCGUGCGUUCUCGAAGAGGCCUUCUCCAAGUUCUACAGCCGCAACGGUUCCCUCAACCCUGUGACGGUCUCCUCGUAGCAGAGGACCCCCCCUCCCCCCACCACCCAUCCUCCCACCCAGCAGAACCCUCCUUCCACGUCCCGGCUGCCGUCUCCCCCCCCCCCUCCUUGUACACAGAGGAGGAAAGCCUUGUUCUUGACUGCGCCUCCGAGCUGCAGUCUUUAUGUUCUGGUCGGACAACGCUGCCACUAAGUGGUUCUCUCUUUUUUUUGUUAAUUAUUUUGUUCUUCUCUCCCAACCAGUACAGCCAUCAAGCCUCAUCGCAACAAGAAAAAAAAAAUCACUCUGGCUUGUUUCUUUAACUUUAGUCAUGAAAUGUUUAACUGCGUGAAAGCAGUCUUUUUCCUUUCGUCAGUAUUAAAACUGUAUUUUUAUCAUUUUUUUACUGUUAAAUAAUUGUCUCUCCCGCCCUCCGCAUUGCAGAAGUGUUAAGUCUGUCAAGCUCAAGACAAUUGGAGAAAGCUUGUCGUUCGUACAAGUCGAAAAUAUCCAAACUAUUUGACUGUAAUUCACUUCCAGCACUGUUUGUGGCCAUUGCUUGUUCUGAAUGUAAGCUUCUACUCACUCCUAUUUUCAUGCAACUUUCAGAACUUAAAAAAAAAAAAAACUUUAAACCUACACAUGCGCAUAAUGUAUUAAGCAUAAUUCUUUCCAAAUUUAUUCCGGCCCAGAUUGAAAAACGGUUCUCCAGUGCUGCUGUUUGAAUUCACGCUGUUACUAGCUCCACAAGCUCCUGCCUUGUGAUCAAGUCUGUGAAGUUGGCAUUCAUUUUUUCACUAGAGGUUGCUUUCCAUCAAUGUGAACAUUUUAUUUUUUUACACCCGUGUCUGUGUGCUUCGCUAGUCGACGAGAAUUAACGCGAGCAAAUUUCGGUCAAGUCUGUAAACUUGUUUCCAAUGUCUGUGGCUGUGAAUAGUUGGCUUCUUCGAAAGCGGCACAGUUUGCACUUUUCUCUACACUUAUUUUGCAACUUUGUGUAACAAUAUCCCGCAGCCCCCCAAAAACAUGCAAAAUAUGUGAAAAGGCCAUCGUAGGGGAUUCUUUGUGUAGCCUUUGCUGCGACCGUCUCACAAGGUGGAUUCAGAUUUGGAGUGUGCUCGACACUUAUCGCUCUUUCUGCUAUCUGUUGGGGUUUUUUCACUUCCUGAAAAUUAAAAAAAAAAUCAUUAAUCAGCA